UUUCGCAGCACUGUCGCAACGUUCGGUGAUCAGAGAGAUGAAGCAACAACACGGAACGGAACCACGCCAACGGCGUGCGUACGCGCGCUCAGCUAGCUCGUGUCGUGCGUGCACACAGCAAGCGUGCCGCCCCCACCGUGCGAGUGUGCGUCGCCCGGAAUCCUCUCCAACCGCGCCGGCCGGGCUGCUGGUCGCCUGGUGGUCGGCCUAUAAAUUGGCUUCCGCGCGCGCGCCAGCAGCCAGAGCCAGUCUCUACUCGCCUCUCUCUCGCGCAAGCCACAGUAGAGCAACCAACCAUACCACCGGCCCGUGUCGAUCUCUGGCCUCUCUCGUGCAAGGAAUUAAGCAGGCAAGAGGCCAACCUUCUUCCAGCAUGGCCAAGGCGAGCAGCAGGCUGCUCUUCUCGCUCUCGCUCGUCGUCCUGCUGCUCCUCGUGGAGACCACUACUUCUCCCCAUGGACAGGCUGACGCCAUCGACUGCGGCGCGAGCUGCUCGUACCGGUGCAGCAAGUCGGGACGGCCCAAGAUGUGCCUGAGGGCGUGCGGCACCUGCUGCCAGCGCUGCGGCUGCGUCCCGCCGGGCACCUCCGGCAACGAGGACGUCUGCCCCUGCUACGCCAACAUGAAGACCCACGACGGCCAGCACAAGUGCCCGUGAUCCAUCCACCGUGGUUCCCAGCAUCAGCAGCUUUGCCAAAAAGACAUGAUACCUACAUAUAUAUAAGAGUACCUAGCUGCUGCUGCUCUACUACCUUGUUGGUUCAUUAUAUUGUGCGCGUGCAUGCAUGAAUAAAUAAAUGAACAUAUUAGGGCAUGUACAACCCAGAUACGGCUGCACGGUACUCCAAGUACAAGAUACAACUAAAACACAACACAAUACAGUGGUCAUGUCUAAAACAUGUGUCUUACGAUAUUCAUUGUACCAAUCAGAGUAUUCAAUAAAUUAAAGUGACCAAUCA